AGAAGAAGAAGAUGGCACUGUCUUCUCAUGCUUUGCAUGUCACUGCAUCUCUUCACAAGCCAUCCAUUUCUCAAAGUCGUAGUUUUGAUCGCCUGAAGCUGUCGGUACCGUUGGAUCAGAAGCCUUUGUGGAAGGUCAGGUUGCCACAGAAGCCGUGGCCAGAACACGUGCUUGAAGCCCUGAAAAGCACUUCCAGGAAAAUGCUGGAGGCUUUCGUGGAUUCCGUUUUCCGGUUCGUCGAUCAGCCAUUGCUUCCCUCUCAGAAAAACUUUGCUCCAGUCGAAGAAAUUGGCGAGGCAAUUGUGGUCGCUUGCUGCGAAGGCGACAUUCCUGUCAAUUUUCCACAGGGAGUUCUCGUUAGAAACGGUCCAAAUCCUCUGUUUGGCGGCCUUAAAUCCACGGAAUCAAUCUUUGGAAGAUCAAGCCAAACAUGGGUCGAGGGAGAAGGCAUGCUUCACGCGGUAUAUUUUGAAAAGGGAUCCGGCGGAAAUUGGCUACUAUCCUACAAAAACCGAUACGUCGAGUCCGACACUUUCAAGUUAGAGAAGCCACAAAACAAGCCGUCUUUUCUUCCAGCUCUUGAAGGAGAUUCUUGGGCUAUUAUGGCUGCUUAUCUCCUGAACACUCUUAGGUAUGGAGCGGUGAAUAAGUACAUGAGCAACACUAAUGUUCUCGAGCACGCGGGGAAAACAUAUACGGUUGCAGAGAAUUACGUGCCUCAAGAAGUAGAUAUCGUCACGUUGGAAGCUGGUGGUGAUUGGAACUUCGGAGGGGAGUGGGAUCAACCUUUCACUAGCCAUCCAAAGAGAGCACCUGAAUCGGGGGAGCUGGUCACCAUGGGAAUAAAUGCUGCGAGACCUUACUAUGCUGUGGGCGUCAUAUCUGCUGAUGGGAAGAAACUCAAUCACAAGGCCGAUCUCGAGUUUGAUCGGAGCAUUCUCAGCCAUGAAAUUGGUGUCACACAUAAGUACAAUGUGAUCAUUGACCAUCCCCUUGUCUUUGACAUGAAGCGACUCCUCAAUGGUGGACCGUUACUGAAGUAUGACAAGGAAGGGUAUGCGAGGAUAGGGGUGAUGCCUCGAUAUGGAGACGCGAGUUCAGUCCGAUGGUUUUAUGUAGAAUCAAGCUGCACAUUUCACAUGUUCAACAGCUUUGAGGAUGGUGAUGAGCAGGUUGUGGUGAGAGGAUGCAGAGCUCUUACAGCGGUGUUUCCGGGUCCCGAUUGGGGUACAAACAAGUUCGAUUGGUUCUCGAGAGGAUUCGACUUCAGAGAACCGGUGGCUGCAAAUGCCAACAAACACAGAGGCUAUCUGUUUACCCGUGCCCACGAGUGGAGAUUGAACAUGGAAACUGGGGAAGUUCAGGAGUCCAAUCUUACGGGCACCGAAUUCUCUGUAGACUUCCCUUUCAUAAAUGCCGAUUUCACCGGCUUGCCUAACAAGUAUGGUUAUGCUCAAGUCAUCAAUUCAAAGUCAAGCUCUGAAUGUGGAAUGGCUAAAUAUGGAGGUCUAGUGAAAUUAUACGUCGGCGAACCUUGUCCUAGGCUAUCCGACUCUGAGGGAGGAGGAGAUCGCGAUUACUCGAUAAAGGUCGAGUACCAUAAUUUCGAAAAGGACAGCUUCUGCAGUGGCAGCAUUUUUGUCCCUAAGAAAGACGGUGUCGGAGAGGACAGUGGUUGGAUUGUCUCUUGGGUACACAAUGAAGAAACAGAUGUGUCCCAGGUUCACGUGAUUGAUGCACAGAAGUUUGAAGGCGAGCCGGUAGCCAAAAUCACUCUCCCUCAAAGGGUACCCUAUGGAUUUCAUGGUACCUUCGUCUCGACGCCCAAUUGAUGAUUGGGACACCAGUUUCUCAUGUACAAAUCAUGGUAGUAGGCCUUACUUUUCUCGUCAGAUAAUAAGUUUUUGGCCUUUAGUAUGUGUUUUUUUUUCCUAACAUUCUGAGUCUUGUUUUGUGCUAGUAUUUCCUGCUUAUCAUCAGCAGCCGCAUCCGCACCGGAAAAGUAGGGAGUUAAGAGACUGGCUACCUCGAACUGCAUAGCUCUAUAAUCUACUGUACACAAUGAAUGUUAAAAGUUAAGCAUGUGUCAGGAUGGUAUCGGAUGUUUAAGCCAUCAAGACAAUGACUGCGUUUGGUUCAGUUUUUCAA